GAUACACGGCUCAAUUUGCAUCCCAUUUAUUCUCUCACACUUGCCUAAAGAAAAUUCCGCACGUGUCAAUAUCCUCAUCAUCGGGCUAAUCAAGCCCCUCACAUGACCAGAGAGCAACCAACAGCUCAAGCCAGUCGCUCCCAUCUCCCACAAAACCCUUCGACAUCCAAACCAGGCGGAGUUCCGCAGCGUCCGUACGAUUUAGGGCUUUCCUGAGACCAACGAUCACGAUGUACCGUACUUCAGCUUCUCGCCUCCGAGCUCUCAAAGGUUGCACGAGCCGUAUAGCACCUGCAAGGUUUGCAAGUUCAAGCACUGUUGCUACAACAUCACCCUCUUCAGGUGGCCUCUUAAGUUGGCUGACUGGGAGUCAAUCCAAGUAUGUACCAUCACUAGAUUUCCCCCUACCAGGUGUUGCGCUACCACCUUCAUUGCCUGAUUAUGUUGAACCUGGUAAAACUAAGAUUACAACUCUUCCAAAUGGCCUCAAAGUUGCUUCGGAAACCUCAGCAAGUCCUGCUGCUUCAAUAGGAUUAUAUGUUGAUUGUGGUUCAAUCUAUGAGUCACCAGCCUCUUUUGGGGUCUCACACCUACUUGAGCGAAUGGCCUUCAAAAGCACAACAAACCGAAGCCAUUUGCGUAUUGUGAGGGAAGUAGAGGCAAUCGGUGGCAAUGUAAAUGCUGCAGUUUCUCGGGAGCAGAUUGGAUAUACCUUUGAUGCUUUGAAGACUUAUGUUCCUGAAAUGGUAGAGUUGCUUAUUGAUUGUGUGAGAAACCCUGCUUACUUGGAUUGGGAGGUCAAUGAACAACUUCAGAAAGUGAAAGAGGAAAUUGCUGAAGCAGCAAAGAAUCCACAUGGCUUGCUUUUAGAAGCCAUUCACUCGGCAGGUUAUUCUGGUGCAUUGGCAAAUCCUCUUUUAGCCCCAGAAUCUGCAGUUAAUAUGUUGGACAGUACAGUUUUGGAGGAUUUUGUUGCAGAAAAUUUUACUGCUUCUCGGAUGGUACUGGCAGCAACUGGUGUAGAACAUGAAGAAUUGUUAUCUGUUGCAGAACCACUUCUGUCAGAUCUUCCCAAUAUUCCUCGUGCUCAGGAACCAAAAUCUGUGUAUACUGGAGGAGAUUAUCGUUGCCAGGCUGAUUCAGGGGGCCAAACUCAUUUUGCUCUUGCAUUUGAACUUCCUGGUGGUUGGCACAAUGAGAAGGAAGCUAUAAUUUUGACCGUUCUUCAGAUUCUAAUGGGAGGAGGUGGAUCAUUUUCAGCUGGUGGCCCUGGAAAAGGAAUGUAUUCAAGAUUAUAUCUGCGUGUCUUGAAUCAGUAUCCACAAGUUCAGUCCUUUUCAGCAUUCAACAGCAUUUACAACCAUACUGGCUUAUUUGGAAUACAAGCUACAACUGGUUCUGAUUUUGUACCAUCUGCCAUUGAUGUUGCUGUCAAGGAGCUUAUUGCUGUUGCAACUCCUGGACAAGUUGAGCAGAAAGAACUGGAGCGUGCUAAACAGUCAACCAAGUCUGCCAUUUUGAUGAACUUGGAAUCCAGAGCAGUUGCUUCAGAAGAUAUUGGUAAACAAAUCUUGACAUAUGGUGAGAGGAAACCCGUGGAGCAUUUCUUGAAGGUCGUCAAUGAAAUUACACCAAAGGAUAUUUCUUCAGUAGCUGAAAAGCUUCUAUCUUCUAAUCUCACAAUGGCAUCUUACGGGAAUGUCAUUAACGUACCAAGAUACGAUUCCAUUAGCAGCAAGUUCAAGGGAAAAUGAAAAACUGCUUUGUUCUGUCGAACUCGGGUAUUUCAUCUGUCUUUCAACAGUAUUAUUAUGCAUCUGCAUAUCUUAAAAAGUUGUUUUUCAUAAAAAUGAUGCGGUUGAAAAUAUGAAGUUUUAAGCUCUUCUAUUUUGAACAAAAUAAAUUAUUUGUCCCUAGCUAGUGAGCAAAACAUAUUAGUUAAAAAUAAUAGCUUCUGCAAACAACGGGGUUCGCAUGUUUCUGCUGAAUUCCAUGAUUUUGGUCAUGGUUAGUCCAAAAAUAAAGUCUCUGUAUUCUUUUUUUUACUUUGUUUUAUAAACCCAAAGUAAAUUCUACGAUGGUUGUGGAACUUAGAGCACAAUAUUUGAGUGGCACAAUUUAUAUAUGUCAGUACAUGUGCAGUUUAUGGCACAAUUUUUCAGGGUUUUUUUUCCUAACAA